UCGGAACAAGAUCAUCAUCUUCUGAGACGUAUUGAUCUUGGACAAAAUCAUUCAACAUGAUAUGAAGAACAAAAGGGUCAACGUUCAAAAAAUACUCAACUACGGACAUUCAGAUCCUAUCUGAUCAAUAAUUUAUGCAUAUAUAAAAUUUGGUUUUCAUAAUAUUACGGGCGCGGCAACUAACUCCUUUUGCUUCGGGAAGUAGCUACUGGUCUUACCGCUGAAGGGGUGAGUUAAAUGAGUGGAGUGGCAAGUGGAACGGGUCCGGUCCUCAGUGAAAUACGGUUUGGCAAUGAUGCUCCAGAAAUCAGACGGCCAGGAUUCGAUCUCGCACACCGCCAACGCAUAAGGCCACCCACCACGUCGGCCCGCCCGCUUCUACGCGGUCGCCGACGCCACGCCCUCGCUUCCGCCGUCUAUGCUACACGUAACCAUGCCGUCGCAACGUGGUUCUCUAUGCCAGCCGCUGCUUUAAGCUGAGACGGAGGUCACGAAGGGACAUGUGUCGACCGCUCAAUAGGUUAUUGGGUACAAAUACAGCACAUGUGACGCUCGGUCCCCGUCGGCACCGGGCAUUUACGUACUGAUACACCUCGCGCUGGUAAAUUGCACAUCACCCCUUCAAAUGCAUAAAUUUAAGAAAGGGUCUCGUGGAAAGAGCUGCGGGACGAGUGAAUAAUGAGGAGUAGUUAAUACUUUAUAGUUGAUACGAGGAUGGGAGGAGCGGCGAUGGCGAUGGCGAUGGCGAUGGCGAUGGCGAUGGACAAAACGAAUCUACGUCUCCCAUUCGGGUAAAAAUGCCUGCCGCUCGACGACACCGCAACAACAAGAUGUUGCCCAAAUUAGAAGUUAGAAGCAGCUCUCGUUCUUCUCUCAUGGCAGACGAAAUUAGCAGCAAGAGCGAUGGCGGGAACAGGGGGAGUCAGCGUGGCAGUGGCGGCCGGGGGCUGCUGCUCGGGAAGUACGAGGUGGGGCGGCUGCUGGGCCACGGCACGUUCGCCAAGGUGUACCACGCGCGGCACGCGGGGACGGGCGAGAGCGUGGCCAUCAAGGUGCUCGACAAGGAGAAGAUCCUGCAGAGCGGGCUGGUGGCGCACACCAAGCGCGAGAUCGCCGUGCUCCGGCGCGUGCGCCACCCCAACAUCGUGCACCUCCACGAGGUGAUGGCCACCAAGUCCAAGAUCUACUUCGUUAUGGAGCUGGUCCGUGGAGGCGAGCUGUUCGCCCGCGUCGCCAAGGGCCGCCUCCCGGAGACCGACGCGCGCCGCUACUUCCAGCAGCUCAUCUCGGCCGUGGCCUUCUGCCACGCCCGCGGCGUGUAUCACCGCGACCUCAAGCCGGAGAAUCUCCUCCUCGACGACCGCGGCGACCUUAAGGUCUCCGACUUCGGCCUCUCCGCCGUCUCCGAUCAGAUGCGCGAGGACGGCCUCUUCCACACCUUCUGUGGCACUCCAGCGUACGUGGCGCCGGAGGUGCUCGCCCGCAAGGGUUACAACGGCGCCAAGGCCGACAUCUGGUCCUGCGGCGUCAUCCUCUUCGUCCUCAUGGCCGGCUACCUCCCCUUCCAUGAUCCUAAUUUCAUGCUCAUGUACCGCAAGAUCCAAAAGGGCGAGUUCCGCUGCCCCCGCUGGUUCUCUGCCGACCUCGCCCGCCUCAUCUCCCGCCUCCUUGACACCAAUCCCGCCACCCGCAUCACCAUCCCCGAGAUCAUGGACAAUCGGUGGUUCAAAAAGGGCUUCCGCCAGUUCAAGUUCUACCUCGAGGACGACAAGUUCCACAGCCUCGACGACGCCGCCCCAACCCAAUCCCCUUCACCGCCGCCUUCCUCCGACGACUCCGAGUCCGAUUCCGAUUCCGACUCCAAUUUCUCCGUCUCCACUUCAUCUUCCUCUAACUGCAGGCGUCGGCAGGGCCUGGGGCGGCUCCCGCGGCCAGCGAGCCUGAACGCCUUCGACAUCAUCUCCUUCUCGCCGGGGUUCGACAUCUCGGGCCUGUUCGAGGAGCAAGGCGAGGAGGCCCGAUUCGUGUCGGGCCAACCCGUCGACACAAUCAUUUCCAAACUGGAAGAGAUCGCCAAAGUGGUUAGCUUUACGGUGCGGAAGAAGGACUGCCAGGUGAGCCUGGAAGGCACCAAGGAGGGCGAGAAGGGGCCGCUCACGAUCGCAGCGGAGAUAUUCGAGCUCACGCCGUCCCUGGUGAUGGUGGAGGUGAAGAAGAAGGCCGGCGACAAGGUCGAGUACGAGGAGUUCUGCAACAGGGAGCUCAAGCCCGGCCUCAAGAAUCUGGUGUACGACGAGCUGGCAACGGCGGCGGCCGCCACCAGUCUGGCGUCGGAGACUCAGUAGGACACAACGCCACCAAAAGCCUUCUCGCUUUCCUCCAUCCCAAAGAUAAAUCCUACCGCGCUCUGUAACAAACAUUCAUAUGUAAAUUGGACAUGAAGAUUAUCUAUUAUCUUCAAUCAUUUUCCCUUUCCUCA